AUGCAUUGUGAGCCUUUAGUCUGUGUUUCACUUGCAACUGCAUACUUAGCCUUCAACAAUGCAAUUGUACCCCCUUCAGUGCAAGCUACUUUCCCUUACAUAUUUGCUGUUAGCAAGUACUUACAGGAUGGAACUUUUGAUCUUGUGGGUAAGAUUAUCUAUGAGAUUGACCAGCAGCCAUUCCAAAGUAUAUUCUAUAACGGUACCAUUGAAGUUGUUGAGGCUGGUGGUUUCCUCAGUGUUGAGUCCGUGUUUCUUGUUACCCUUGGUAUUGCACUUCUUGUUCUCCUUGGUUUGUGGCUUCAUGGUCAAUUUCAGCAUAUCACCAAGAAAACUAAGAGGGCUCCAAAGGUAGAAGUCGGGACUAGGGCUACCGAUGCCUCAAUGGACGAAUGGCUUCAGGGAACUGCUUAUACUCAGUCGGCAUCUAAAUCAAAGAAGAAGUAGAUGACAGAAUGCUUGCGAUGUCGGGCUAUUGUAACGCUAGC